AUGUUCACGGCCUGCCUUCAGCCAGCCAUUUCAACCGCUUCAAUUGCAGAGAUUACUGAAGAGGAAGUGAAGAGUGUGCAGGCAGCAUGGGCCAACGCCAUCAAGAGUAUUUCCAAGACCUAUCUUGAUGGAGGCGACUACGUUGCAGCUGCUGCCAAAGCAGCCGGUGAGCUCUAUGGCUAUGGCCACACAGAUUACACUUUCGGCUACAAGAAGAAUGCCGACGGCAAGGUGCGCAUCUUCCUCCACCACUCCUCAGUGCCAUACAGCGUGCCCGCAGCCACUCCAACUGCAGAGAUUACUGAAGAGGAAGUAAAGAGUGUGCAGGCAGCAUGGGCCAGUGCCAUCAAGAGUAUCUCCAAGACCUAUCUUGACGGAGGUGACUACAUUGCAGCUGCUGGCAAAGCAGCUGGUGAGCUCUACGGCUAUGGGCACACAAAUUACACUUUCGGCUACAAGAAGAAUGCCGACGGCAAGGUGCGCAUCUUCCUCCACCACUCCUCAGUGCCAUUUGUGGCGGAGUCCAAAGUGCAGUCCCCAAGUUUGGUGGCAACUUUGAAGUCAAAGGCAGACAGGGACUUGAAACAGUUGCCUGGUCUGGUGCUUUGCGAAAGCUUUAUUGCACUUUUCGCCACGUUUGAGUUUUGGGAAGAGCCAAUGGGUCAAAGGCCUAAGCUCUUCAACCAAGCAGCUAGCACAUUGCAGCUUUGCUUGGAGACCCUUCGGAUUCUCGCAAUUGCGCGUCUCAAAAGUUUCGCCAAUUUAGAGUCUCGUAGUCUCUUGAGUGGAGUGCAUUUCGAAGGUUUAGAAGAAGACCGUCACUCCUACACCAUUUGA